CAGGGUGUCAUGGCGGACAGGAAGCAGCAGAAGAAGAUGAGGCCUCAGACUCUCACAGCCGCGGGUUCGAACCCUUCUUCCUCCUGCGCGUGUCCCUCGUCUCCUCUCGGGUCUCAGUGAACACCUCCUCCGCGGCUGCAGCCGACCUCAGGUGAAAUCAACGUUCUGAUCACAACCACCAGAGAUGGAUCCACCAGACAGAGCCGAGCCGGAGAAGCCCGUCCUGCAGACGCAGCCGUCCACGCUGCCGUUCUUCGACACGGCUCACGCCUUCAACCUCCUGCGGGGAAUCCACGAACUCAGAGCUGAGAGGAAGUUUUUCGAUGUGACUCUUUGUGCCGAGGGCCGCGAGUUCCACUGUCACCGCACUGUGUUGGCCGCCGCCAGCACCUACUUCCGGGCCAUGUUUACAGGAACGCUGAGGGAGAGCGUCAUGGACCGAGUGGUUCUGCACGAGGUGUCGGCCGAGCUUCUGGGCCUGCUGGUGGACUUCUGCUACACGGGGCGGGUCACCGUCACUCAGGAGAACGUGGACCUCCUUCUGAAGACGGCCGAUCUGUUUCAGUUCCCCUCGGUGAAAGAGGCCUGCUGUGCUUUCCUGGAGCAGCGGCUGGACAUCUCCAACUGCUUGGAGAUCCAGGACUUUGCGGAGGCGUUCGCCUGCAGAGAGCUGGCCACCAGCGCCCGCCGCUUUGUCCUGAAGAACAUCAUGGAGCUGGCGAAGGGGAUGGACUUUGAGCGAUUACCCUGGAAGCGCCUGCUGGAGUUUAUGUCCGAUAAUGAGCUGGGUGUGGACAAGGAGGAGACGGUUUAUCAAAUCGCAGUGCGCUGGGUGAAGGCCGAUCUGCAGCGGAGGCUCCACUACUGGCCCGAGCUCCUCCAGCAGGUCCGCCUCCCGUUCGUCAGGAGGUUCUUCCUGCUGGCCCACGUGGAGAGCGACCCGCUCGUCUACCUGUCGCCCACCUGCCUCCGCAUGGUGAACGAGGCCCGCAGCUUCCAGUCCUGCGAGUACGACCGCCAUGACAGGCCCUGCCACCGCAUGCGGCCACGGCCAUCCACAGGGUUGGCAGAAAUCCUGGUAGUGGUGGGAGGCUGCGACCAGGACUGUGACGAGCUGGUCACGGUGGACUGCUACAACCCCCAGACGGGUCAGUGGCGCUACCUGGCUGAGUUCCCUGACCACCUCGGAGGGGGCUACAGUAUCGCUGCACUGGGAAACGAUAUGUACGUGACAGGUGGCUCCGACGGCGCUCGCCUCUACGACGGCGUGUGGCGCUACAAGUCCAGCGUCAACGAGUGGACCGAGGCGGCGCCCAUGCUGAAGGCCCGCGAGUACCACAGCUCCUGUGUGGUGAAGGGUCAGCUCUACGUGGUGGCGUCGGACAGCACCGAGCGCUACGACCACGCUCUGGACUGCUGGGAGGCCUUACCCGCCAUGCUGCACCCGAUGGACAACUGCUCCACCACGUCCUGCAACGGACGCCUGUACGCCAUCGGCUGCCUGACCGGAGAGGACACCAUGGCCAUCCAGAGCUACGACUCAGAGGCCAACCGCUGGGCCAUGGUGAACUGUGGUCAGCUGCCUCCCUGGUCCUUCACACCCAAGACCCUGACCCUCAACGGCCUCAUCUACUUUGUCAGGGAUGACUCAGCGGAGGUGGAUGUUUAUAAUCCCCAAAAGAACAAGUGGGACAUGAUAAGUCCGAUGACCCAGGUGCACGUUGGAGGAAGCGUUGCAGCCCUGGGCGGUAAACUGUUUGUGUCCGGUGGCUACGACAACACGUUUGAGUUGUCCGACGUGGUGGAGGCCUUCGACCCGACCACCCGCACCUGGGCCCUCGCCGGGCGACUGCCUCAGCCGACCUUCUGGCACGGCAGCGUCAGCAUCUUCCGGCAGUUCAUGCCCCAGGUGUCCAGCGCCUUCCGACCCGCCGACGCCCCCGAGACGAACCCCAUCCACCUGCACCGCCACCAGCGCCAGCAAGCGCUCCACAACCUCAACAACAACAUCAACCAGGACGUGAACCCGGCGCACUGAGUCUGGACCUUGACGCCCUCUCACGUGUUUUCAUUCUGUUCUCCCUCAUCGUGCUGUCAUUGGCUGACUGUGAAUUCACCUCAUCACAUGGUGAAGCUGUUUAAGGCUGAAGAGACGAGGGAGCAGAAUCCAACCCAAGUGUGAAUCUGUCGUAGUGACAAUCAUGUCUGUGACUGGAUGAAGAACAGACAGGCGGGUUGCUUAGUCGUGUUCAGUAGAAGAAGAGGGAAGUGUCUGUAUGCUGCUCUUAUAGGGAAGUGGGCGGAGCUUCUUUCCCAAAGUCAUCAUCCUUUAAAGUUUUUCUCUUGUAAAACUGAAACAUACGGUGUUAAAACACUUACGGCUCAAAUUCAUCUGCAGCUUAUUUGAUGAUCAUCUUCUUUUUCAACCAUAAAAUGUUUCCUGGAGGUUCGAGCAUCUGUGUUUUACAGCGUAAGACAAAACUGAACAUUUGAAGACGACACCUUCGGCUCAAGGAAACUCAAAUGUUUCUCAAUUUACAGACAAUUAGCAGAACAUCAGCAACAACAGUCGGAAAUGUUUCUUUUUUAAAUUGCAUCCUUUAUUUUUAGAGAAACAUGAAGUAUGGUUAACUGCCCCCUUCCUUCUGUGAAGAGCAGAAAAACAGAUGCUUCUCUUUAGGUUUUAUUCAGGAACUAUGAAGCACCGUCUCCCUCACGGGGGAUAAGAACAUCUGUGAGUCAUCAGCUGAUCACUGUGGAAUUUAUUUUUCUACAAACGCAUUAAAUUUUAAUUCUAAAUCGCACACAAGCACCAAAGUGAGUGUUUACAAACCUGUUGAGGCUUCAGAGUGAUGUGUG